GAGGGGAAACUCUUUCCAAGAAUCCGCAAACCUGCGCCCACGGGUUAAGUGGGUGUUCGCGUGUGGGAAUGCGGACAAUAAAAGCACGAGCCCGAAACACAUAAUUUACAAAGCAACCAUUGCUCUUCAAUAUUUCUGCGCUUAAUUUGACGCACACUAAAGAAAAAGCAGCAAAGAUGGGCUGGUUGAUAAAAAGCAUCCUUCUCUUCUGUUUGAGCAUAGUGAAGAUUUCUGCGCUUAACCUUUUCCCUAAGAAAUCUCUCGUUAUAGAGAAACACAAAAAUGUUACCCUGAUCUGUGAAACAAAAAAAGACUAUGUCACAUGGAAACGACAGGAUGUGCAUGGCACAGUCGACAUACAUGAAACAGUGUUUGAAAUACCCAAAGGUCGGAAUUUGACCGUGUGUGACCUGCAGGAAGACAUAACUGGGAAUUACACCUGCUGGAGUGAUGAGGGACUCGAGGACUACACUUAUCUACUACUAGACAAGACUAAAGAAGCUGCAGUUUUCAAUAUCAGUUGCACAGCCGAAACCUUUUCCUGCACAAAAAACAUCACAUGUGCCUGGACGUCAGAUGAAUUCACUGCUUUCAGACUACGCAAUACACGGGAUAAUGGUGACUGGGUGUCAGAGACUGUGGAUGGGGUAUUUCAUCUUCCACAUUCCACAAAUCUCUACGCUGAAGAGUCAGAGCGCCUGCUGAUAACAGGGGAAGCGAUUUCCUCAUGCUGCUAUCUGAAAACUGACCACAGCUUCUACCUUCGAGACAUUGUUAAACCAGCCGGUCCAAACAUUUCAACAUGCAGAAUAGCAAAUGGGGAAAUCGUAGAGGUGGAGGUGAAGCCUCCUUCUUCCUGGCCGCAGCCUCACAGUUUCUUUCCCCUAAAGCAUCAGAUUGAGUACGAAAUACGAGACAACGGGAAGCUGGAGACUCAUGAGUGGGAGGGGUCAAAAGUUGAAGUUAAAGGGGUCAUCAGUAAGCUGAGGGUUCGCUGCAGAGAUCCGCUGCUGCUCUCUCAGUGGAGCGAAUGGACGGCGUGGGAAAAAGUGUCCAAGAGGAAGGGAAGAAAAUGUAUCAAGACAGUGAAAACAGCAGAAAACACAGGGAAAAGAAACAAGAGCAAAAAGCAAGAAAGAAAACGUCAGAAAAAAUGGAAACAUUCAACCUGGGCCAAUUUCUGAAUCUCUA